AUGGAUGAGACUUUGAUUGCCACCAUCAACAAGCUACAGGACGCCUUGGCCCCAUUGGGUGCUGGAUCCGCCUCACCAGUCGAUCUCCCUCAAAUCACAGUCGUUGGUUCUCAAUCCUCUGGGAAAUCUUCAGUAUUGGAAAACAUUGUCGGUAGAGAUUUCUUACCAAGAGGUACUGGUAUCGUUACAAGAAGACCAUUGGUGCUACAAUUGAUCAAUAGAAGAGCUACAAAGAACCAAUCAAAUCAAGAUUUAUUAAACCUUUCUCAAGAAUCCGAAGUUAAAGGUCAAUCCGAGGAUAAUGCUCAAGAAUGGGGUGAAUUCUUACAUUUACCUGGUAAGAAAUUCUUCAAUUUUGAAGAAAUUAGACAAGAAAUUGUAAAUGAAACUGAUGCUAAAACUGGUAAAAAUCAAGGUAUAUCAUCUGUUCCAAUUAAUUUAAGAAUCUAUUCUCCACAUGUUUUAACUUUAACCUUGGUUGAUUUACCAGGUUUAACUAAAGUCCCAGUUGGUGAUCAACCAAAAGAUAUUGAAAAGCAAAUUAAAGAUAUUCUUUUAAAAUUCAUUUCAAAACCAAAUGCUAUUAUUUUGUCAGUUAAUGCUGCAAAUACAGAUUUAGCAAAUUCUGAUGGGUUAAAAUUAGCAAGAGAAGUUGAUCCAGAAGGUACAAGAACCAUUGGUGUCUUGACAAAAGUUGAUCUUAUGGACCAAGGUACUGAUGUUAUUGAUAUCUUGGCUGGUCGUGUUAUCCCAUUAAGAUAUGGUUAUGUUCCAGUUAUAAAUAGAGGUCAAAAGGAUAUUGAAGGUAAGAAAACAAUUAGAGCUGCAUUACAAGAUGAAAAAUCAUUUUUCGAAAACCAUCCAUCUUAUAGAUCAAAAGCUCAUUAUUGUGGUACUCCAUAUCUAGCUAAAAAAUUAAAUUCAAUUCUUUUACAUCAUAUUAAACAAACUUUACCAGAAAUCAAAUUAAGAAUUGAAACUGCCUUGAAAAAAUACCAAAAUGAAUUGGCUCAAUUAGGUCCUGAAACCAUGGAUUCUCCAAAUUCAAUUGUUUUAAGUAUUAUCACAGAUUUUUGUAAAGAUUAUAAUGGUAUAUUAGAAGGUGAAGCUAAAGAAUUAUCAAGUAUGGAAUUAAGUGGUGGUGCAAGAAUUUCAUUUGUUUUCCAUGAAAUUUAUAAAAAUGGUAUAAAUGCUCUAGAUCCAUUUGAUCAAAUCAAAGAUACUGAUAUUAGAACUAUAAUGUAUAAUAGUUCAGGUGCUGCUCCUUCAUUAUUUGUUGGUACUCAAGCUUUUGAAGUUUUAGUUAAACAACAAAUUCAUAGAUUUGAAGAUCCUUCAGUUCGUUGUAUUAAUUUAAUUUUUGAUGAAUUGGUUAGAAUCUUGACUCAAAUUUUACAAAAUCCAAAAUAUUCAAGAUAUCCAGCUUUAAAAGAAAAUUUAUCAAAUUCUUUUAUUGAAUUUUUAAGACAAGCUUUAAUCCCAACAAGUCAAUUUGUUACAGAUAUUAUUAGAUCAGAGGAAACUUAUAUCAAUACUGCACAUCCAGAUUUAUUAAAAGGUUCUCAAGCAAUGGCAAUUGUUCAAGAAAGAUUACAUCCAAGACAAGUUCAAGUUGAUCCAAAAACUGGUAAACCAUUACCAAAUGCUGCUACAUCACCAGCACCAUCAAUUAAUGAAGAUGAUAAAUCAAGUGGUGGAUUUUUCGGUGGGUUUUUCUCAUCUAAAAAUAAAAAAAGAUUAGCUGCAAUGGAAGCACCACCUGCAGUUUUAAAAGCUUCAGGUGCAAUGACUGAUCGUGAAACUCAAGAAACUGAAGUUAUCAAAUUAUUAAUUCAAAGUUAUUUCACAAUUGUUAAAAGAACCGUUGCUGAUAUAAUACCAAAGGCAAUUAUGUUGAAAUUAAUUAUUAGAUCCAAAAAUGAAAUUCAAAAAAUUUUAUUAGAAAAAUUAUAUGGAGCAAAUGAUUUGAAUGAUUUAGUUAAAGAAAAUGAAAUUACAAAACAAAGAAGACAAGAAUGUUUGAAAAUGGUUGAAGUUUUAAAACAUGCUAAUGAUAUUGUUUCAUCUGUUUAA